UUAUUUAGAUUACUUUUCACCGUAUCAACAAAUGAUAACAUAAUAGAAUAUUUAUAUUGAGAGAAAAAUUAUGAAACAAUCAAUUCACGGUAGGGUACGCUAUAGUUAAGUCGAGGUUUUUGUUAUAAAUUCUAAGAUCGACAUUUCUAAUUUUAAUUGAAACUACAAGGUUGGUGAAAUCAGUCGCGUGUAGAUACUCUUAUUGAACUAAAAACAUGUCUCAGAAAAAAAUUGGGAUUGUCGGAAGUGGUUUGAUUGGACGAUCAUGGGCCAUGAUAUUCGCUGCUUCCGGCUACACCGUUUCACUUUACGAUAUCGAAUCGAAACAAAUUGAAAGUGCACUUAUUGACAUAGAACAACAACUCAAAACUUUAGAAAAAGAAAAUUUACUUAGAGGAAAAUUGAACGCCAAACAACAAUUUGCUCUUAUUAGCGGAACAACGUCUUUAGAAGAAGCUGUUCGAGAUGCUGUAAUAGUUCAAGAGUGUGUACCGGAAAUACUCGACUUGAAAAGAAAAGUAUGGAAACAAGUCGACGAUUUAGUAUCUCCUAAUACUAUUUUAUCUAGUUCGACUUCGACAUUUAUGCCAUCACUUUUCAGCGAUCAACUUAAAAAUAAGAAAAAUAUAAUUGUGUCACAUCCCGUCAAUCCUCCUUAUUACGUACCUGUCAUCGAGGUAGUACCAGCUCCGUGGACUGAUCCGGAAGUUGCUAAAAAAACUCGAGCUAUUUGGGAGGAAGUUGGCCAAAUGCCAGUUUCCUUAUCAAGAGAAAUACCCGGAUUUAUCAUCAAUAGAUUACAAUAUGCGCUUUUGAAUGAAACAUGGAAUUUGGUAUCCGAAGGUAUCCUCGACGUAAAAGAUAUAGAUAAAGUGAUGUCACAUGGUUUGGGUAUGAGGUACGCUUUUAUGGGUAUGCUCGAAACGGCUCACUUAAACGAGCACGGAUUCGAAAAUUAUUGUAAGAGAUACGGGGAAACUAUCUACAACGUUAGUAAAGAUUUCAAACCUAUUCCCAAAUUCGAAGGGCCUAACGUAAAAGAAAUUGCCAAACAGUUGGAAGUCGAUGUACCUUUGGAUAAAUUACAGGAGAGAAGAAACUGGAGGGAUUUGGCUCUAACGAAACUAAGUCAAUUGAAAAAUGAAAUGGAAAAACUUAAAUAAAAUACUUUUAUAUGGAAAUUGGAAUAAAUAUAUAUUUUUAACUUUU